AUGGUUACCACACAAUCUGCAAAAGAUGAAGAGUACUUGCAAUUUCUCAGAUCCAAAGCCACAGAGCUUUUCAUCAGAGAAGAAUGGAAGGACUCGAUCGAUGCCUAUUCCCACUUCAUCACCGUCUGCACCCAAAAACCCUCUCACCUCCAAAAGCUUCGAAAAUCCCUCUGCAUAGCUCUAUGCAACCGUGCUGAAGCAAGGUCCAAGUUGAAGGACUUUCACUGUGCUUUGCAAGAUUGUGAUCAUGCUUUGGAACUGGACCCAACUCACUCCAAGACCCUUUUGUGCAAAGGGAAGAUCUUGCUUUGGCUCAACAAGUACUCCAUGGCCAUGGAAUGCUUCAGAACCGCUAUGCUUGACCCUCAACUUGGUGGGAACUCUGAAUGCCUAAGUGGGUAUUUGGAGAAAUGCAAAAAGUUGGAAUUUUUAUCAAGGACUGGGUCUUUGGACCUCUCAGAUUGGGUUGCAAAUGGGUUUCGUGGCAAGAUUCCAGAACUUGCUGAGUUCAUUGGUGCAGUGCAGAUCAAGAAAUCUGAGAUCAGUGGUCGUGGAUUGUUUGCAACUAGGAACAUUGAUGCAGGGUCUUUGAUCCUGGUCACCAAGGCAAUAGCAGUGGAGAGGAGUAUAUUGGGAGGGAAAGAUCUGAGUGAGGAGGCACAGUUAGCUAUGUGGAAGAAUUUCAUUGAUAAAGUUUCUGACUUUGUUGGAAAAUGUCACCAAACGAGGGGUUUGAUUGGUUUGUUGUCAAGUGGGGAGGAAAAUGAGGAUGAACUUGAGGUGCCUAAUGUGGAUCUCUUUAGGCCUGAGAGUUUGGAGAGUGUGAAGUCUUCUGAGGAGGUUGAUAUGGUUAAGUUACUUGCUAUUUUGGAUGUCAAUUCUCUCACUGAGGAUGCUGUUUCAGCCAAUGUGUUGAGGAAGAACAACGAUUGUUAUGGUGUUGGGUUGUGGCUGCUCCCUUCGUUUAUAAACCACUCGUGUUGUCCCAAUACAAGAAGAUUGCAUGUUGGGGACUACUUGAUAGUUCAUGCUUCUAAAGAUUUGAAGGCUGGUGAAGAGGUAACUUUUGCUUACCUUGAUCCUUUGUCUCCAUUGAGCAAGAGAAAGGAUAUGUCAGUGAAUUGGGGGAUUCAUUGUAAGUGCAAGAGAUGCAAGUUUGAGGGGGAAGUGUUCUCCAAACAAGAGAUAAAAGAGAUUGAGAUUGGUCUUGAAAGAGGGAUGGAUGUGGGGGGUGUGGUAUUUAAGUUAGAAGAACAAAUGAAGAGGUGGAAAGUGAGGGGCAAAGAGAAAGCCUAUUUGAGGGCAUCAUUUUGGAGUGCAUAUUCAGAGGCUUAUGGGUCAGAGAGGGUUAUGAAGAGGUGGGGAAGGAGGAUUCCUACACUGGAUGCUGUGGUUGAUAGCAUCUCAGAUGUUGUGGGUGGUGACCACAGGUUACUUAAGUUGCUGAUGGAGGAGUUGAAGAAAAAUAGUGGUGGCCAUGUGGAGAUGGAAAAAAUCUUCAAGUUGGGAAGAGAGGUGUUUGGGAAGGUAGUGAAAAAGCAAGCAAUGAAAACACUUCUUGAGCUUUGCGUUAGUGAUUGA